AUGACGCCGCCGCAUGUUUCGUUACUUUUCCCUAAUUUCCUCCUCCGCCUAUUUCACCCACCUCCAUUCUCUCCCUCGCUUUCUCUCUCUCUCUCUCCGCCGUCCCCGCAGCUCGCCGCAGAGAAGUCGUGGUGCCCAUGGCUGCCACGCGCGUGUUUUUCGCCUCUCGCCCGCUGCCUCCGCACUCACCUCCCUCUCAGUUUAGCGGGCGACGGCUCUUCUCCCUACACCGACGCUGAGGGUGCGCAGGGGCAGUCUCCCGGCACCCCACCCGCCUGCACGCUUGGCAAACACAACCCAAAGCGUCGUUCCGGCGCGGACGGCGCGCCCACGCACACCAUCACGCGGCCUCUCUCCACACCCCUGCCAGCAUUGUCAUACGUCCAAUGCCCCAUAAUUCAAACAAGCUUAAAAAUCCCGCUCGCACGGGAGCGAUGGACUCCAUUAAGUCCUGCAGAAGUGCAGGGUCCAGUUCAGCCGGUCUCCAGCACCGGCAUGGAGGACGACGUGCACUGCACCAGCGGCAUCAGCGUCCUGGAGGCGCCUGUAACGCUGGACGUUAGCGGCACAAGACUUGGCAGCAUACGGCGUGCCUGCAGCGAGGAGUUGAUGUGCAGCGCGGCGUACAUGGCACGCGGGAUGGUCGAGCUGCCAAAGACGCGCCUGCCAAACAUGGCAACCCAAGAAUGCACACAAACCAGAAAGAACUAA